AUGUCUGAGAUCAAUAUCGUCAUAAAGCUAGCACCCAGGACCGCUGGUGACAAGAAGCAUAAGGUAGCUGUGUCUACCAGUUCGACAAUCCAGGAGUUGAAAGAGCAGUUGGCCAAAGACCUUGAUAUUCCUGUUGAUAGACAAAGGUUAAUAUAUUCGGGUAAAGUUCUCAAGGAUGGAGACACGAUUGAGUCCUACAAGAUUAAGGAUGGGCAUUCUCUUCAUUUAGUGAAGGGUGCUGCUAAGACAGAUUCGACGAGUAGAUCCAGUGCAAGUACAACACAGAGUGCUGCAGGUAAUUCCUCGGCUGCAGCCUCUGGGUCAGGCAGUAUUCCAAGUAACAUUUCUGCAGGACAGAGCACAUUCGACCCACUUGCCGGCUUGACUAGCGCUCGAUAUGCAGGUUACAAUGUGCCUCUGCCUACUUUGGAGCAGAUGGGUAUGAAUCCAGAUGGGAUGCAGAUCCCAGAUGAUAACCAGCUGGAGCAAAUGAUGGAAAAUCCUCUGUUCCAAGAAAGUAUGAGGGGAAUGCUCUCAGAUCCGCGAAUGCUUGACUUUAUGAUUCAGCAGUCACCUCAAUUAAGGGCAAUGGGUCCUAUGGCACGUGAGAUGCUUCAGAGUGAUCAAUUUCGUAACAUGAUUACCAAUCCACAAGCGAUGAGAUCGAUGAUGCAAUUUCAGAGAACGAUGAACCCUAAUGAAGCAAGCGCUCAGACAGGUAGCUUCCCUGCCCCUGGUAACCCUAUAACGAAUGAAAGUAGCGGAACUGAUGCUGCCGCUUCUUCUAACUCCGGUAACGCUGGUACUGCCGGUGCUGCAGGUGCUGCAGGCUCCUCGGGAUCCACGGGCUCCACAGCUGCUCUUCCUCCUAAUCCGUUUGCUGCACUUUUUGGUGUUCCAAAUUCAAACACAGCUGCCAAUACAAAUGAGAAUACAAUUGACAAUAAUGCAGGAACAACUGCUGCUAAUCCUGCCACCAAUCCAUUCGCCAAUCCUAACCUAUGGAAUAUGCUGAGCGGUCUUUCUGGCGCUGCAAAUGCAUCGCAGCCACCUGCACCCGUUGAUAACAGACCCCCAGAAGAAGUUUUCCAAUCGCAACUCCGUCAGUUAAAUGAUAUGGGAUUUUUCGACUUUGAACGAAAUGUGCGUGCCUUGAGAAGAAGUGGAGGAUCUGUCGAAGGAGCAGUUGAUGAACUCUUGAACGGUUCAGUCUAG